AUGGGAUACGCAUGCCAGUUCAGAAAAGUCGUCCUCUCCAGGACAAGGUCAGAAGACGACUUGGCAAUCGUCGCACGGCUGCUGGAUGCCUCCAAAGAUUCGGAUUACUUUGCAUACGAGCGCGAAAACAGGUGGCAUCUCGGCAUUGGCAGUCGGGCUUCGCUAUUUGUCGACUCCACAGGUACCUCUGUGACGACAAUGGCAAAUGAAUCCAUUUGCGAGCCCGUGACAGAGAGCAUUGCCACCAUGGCAAGGCACUUUGUUGCCAAAUAUUCGUCGAAUGGAGGCCGAGUAUUCGGCCAGGCGGGCUUCAACUACGCCGCAUUCACACGCGGGCUGGCCUUUACGCCUGGGAAAUGGCCGCUCCUCAGUCUCAUGGUUCCCAGCGUGGAAGUCACUAUUUCGAGCGACUGCAUCGCCGUCUCUGGAGACGAUGCGGAGCGAAUCGAACACGCGGUGAAGCUCAUUGCGGGGGGGCCGGGUGCGCCGCAAGCACAGAGGCAGAUGGAGGUUGAUCUCGACUCUGCCAGCGGCGAGUACAUUGAUCGCGUACGAAGGGGCAUCUCCGAGAUCAAAGCCGGCAAGUACAAGAAGGUCAUUCUGUCCCGCGCCAUCGAUCUCGGCGAGGAGGUCGACAUGGUUGGAACGCUCGUCAGGGGCCGGCGGCGCAACACCCCCAAGCGCAGCUUCUCGAUCAAUCACGCCGGGUUCCAGGCCACGGGGUUCAGUCCCGAGCUCGUCAUGGCACUGCAAGACGGCAAGGUCGUCACCGAGCCGCUGGCCGGUACGCGGGCACACACGGGCUCCGCCGCCGAACGCAAGGCGCUCAAGCGAAACCUCGAAAGCGACGCCAAGGAAAUUGUCGAGCAUGUCAUCUCUGUCAAGGAGGCGAUAGAGGAAGUGCGCCGCUUUAGCACCGAGGGUUCGACCGUGGUGGAAGACUUUAUGACGACGCGUGUGCGCGGACAUGUGCAACACCUGGGCUCACGGGUCACGGGGUGUUUGGAGCAGGGCCAGGACGGCUGGGAUGCGUUCGACAUGCUCUUCCCGUCCAUCACGGCCUCGGGCAUUCCCAAGCAGGACUCGCUUGACGCUAUUGCGCGGCUGGAAACCCGGCCCAGGGAGCUGUACUCGGGGGCCAUCUUGAUGAUUGACGAUGCGGGCUUAUUUGAGGCAAGUUUGGUCUUGCGGACCGUGUUUCAGAAUGGCAGUCAGCGAUGGGUGCAGGCCGGCGCGGGUGUCAUUGAGAUGUCGACGCCGGAGAGGGAGCUGUUGGAGACGUGUGAAAAACUCGCCACCAUCGCGCCGUUUGUGGUUGCGGCCGAGACGGUGACACCUGAGGGUUGUUGUAAUGGGAAAGAGUGA